CGAUUUUGGGGAGGGAUGUUGAUAAGGCAGGAAAAAUAUAGCACCUCAUAUUUCCUGCACCCAGACCUUCAAAAGUUCAGUUACAUCUCCGCCAUGCCAUCCAGCCAGUGCUGUACAAAAUCUUCAGAAGAGAUUUGAAGAACAUUCAAGGCCAACAUGCUCACCUGCAAAAUAAAUUCAAGCUCCUCCAUCCUCCGUACUCACCUCUCAAAAGCCAUCCUUGAGAAGCACAGGAGCCAUGUUUCCUUCUCCUGCUCAGCAUAUGGUAAAAGUUCAGAGCAGCCAAGGAGAGCAAAAACAGAUAGCCAGCCAAGUAACGAUGAGUCCUGCUGCAUAAAAUUUCAGAGUCUCAAUUCUUGCAGUCUUGGAAUUGCAAGGUACCCGGACUUCGCCUACAAUGCAGAAGGUGGCACAGGAACAGCAACAGGACGCCGAACCAGCAAAGGGGAGAUCCUGGCCACAUUCGACAUCACAACAUUGUAUAUCCCGCCACUGGAAACUGCAACAACCAGAUUCCUCGGGCUGCCAUUGCCACCAUUUUUGAAGAUUGAGAUUGUUCCGCAAGUGUUCACUGGGGAAAUCGAGGAGGAGACAGGAAAGGUGAAUUUAAAGUUCAAGGCUGAGUUCUAUUUCUCAGUGGGGAGUUUAUACAGAGCUCCUCCCUUAAUAGUGGACACCAUACUGACAUCUGAAGAAUCAAAAGGGAGAAUAAGAUUUGGAAAAGGAGAGAGGUUGAACAAGAAAGGAAGGUGCAGGCUGGUUGGGGUGGCGACCGUUGACCCCAUCAAUGAUAGUUUUAUGAAUACUUUCCUUGGGUUGCCAACCGAGUGUAUUGCUAACUUAAACGCGAAUAUCUUCAUCUCUUGACUAAUCAACACAUGAUGCUCCGAACCACGUAAAACGAUGCAAGGCAAACAUGUAUUUGUUAUUUUGAUAAAGCAAUGGAAAACAUGCAGGAAAAUACAGUGCAAGUUA